AACCACAAUUUGUAAGCAACCAUGUCACAAGGAAAGAAACAAUACAAGGGAAAGAUCCUCUUCCUUCACGGAUAUACCCAGUCAGCCAGUCUCUUCUAUGCCAAAACAUCUGCCCUUAGGAAGAAACUCAUAAAGUUAGGAUACAAGUCGGUCUAUCUUAAUGGCCCAUAUGUACUUACACCUGCUCAACUACCAUCUACCGACUCAUUAUCCAAGUUCAGUUCUGCCGCUAAUGAAGAUAUGAAGUAUCGUGCCUGGUGGGUCAAACGUGAUUCAACGAACGAUCGUAUUAGCUUGGAAGAGUCCAUAGAAUCUAUCCGUAAUUAUAUCGACAAGGGCGAAAUCAUAGCUGAUUCAGACGAUGUGGACGAGUCAGAUGCCGAGUCAGAAGAAGAAAAGAAGUUGCCUAUUGUUGGUAUAAUUGGAUUUUCUCAAGGUGCUGCAUUAGGUGGUUUAGUUGCUCAUAAAUUUGACGAGAUAUUCAAGGUUGACCCGCUCAAGUUUGUGAUUUUAUAUUCUGGAUUUAAGUUGAAUACUACAAAGAAAUCUGGGAACGACAGGUAUGAUCAUUAUUAUCCUGAAGAACAAGAUGUGGAAAGGAUUAAUCUCAAAUACCUUCAUAUAUACGGUGAAUUAGAUACCGUGGUUGAAGAAUCAAGAGCUCUAUCUUUGUAUGAAUUGACAAAGAGAAGAAGUGAUCUUUUAAGACAUCCAGGUGGUCACUUUGUACCUAACUCCAAAUUAUAUAUUGAUCAAGUUACUAAUUGGAUUCAUAAGGUAGAACAAGAGGAUAAGGAAGAAGAUAAAGAGAAGAAUGAAGUCAAGAAUGGAGAAGACAAGGAUAAGCACGACCUUGCUACAUUGAUGGACAUGAUGGAUAGUUUUGGUACCAUUUAGAAUGCAUACAAUAGAUUAAUAGAUAUUUAGACUAUAAUUCGUCGUGAUCGGCAGCAGAACCAGUAGACUUGAUGCUUUGCUUUUUGGUUGGUUCAGCAGUUGCCUUUUCAGACUUACUCUUUUUAGUCUUUUUCUUCUUUUCUACCUUUUCACCCUUUCUAUAUUUGGAAUAAAACUUUUGCUCUUUCUUAGAUAAUGCUCCUUCAACCGGCUUAACAUCAGCAACAUCAAUUAACCACUGACUAAUCAAUACAGAGUUAUUUAACUUUUCAGACUUGUCAUACACAACAAACUUUUUAGUUUUUUCGUCAAAAUACAACAAUGAAGAAUUAGAAUUCCCUGGAAUUUCCACUUUAGUUCCAUUAACUUCAAUUUCAUGACUAUCAACAAAAGUAUUUGCAACCAUAGCAAAAUUAACUCUUCCCAAGAAAUCAAUUGCCAAAGAUUUAAGCAAUGGACUAACGGACUUCUUAUCAGCAAUCAACAAGACUUUUGGCCCUGUAACUUCAUUAAACCAAGUUUGUAAACUAGAACUUUGGACACUAGGGAACUUCUUAACAUAGUUCUUCAAUCUGGAAGUUAAGAACAGCAACAUUGCCUUGACUGAUCUUUCACCUUGGUAUAACUCACUAGCGUGAUUUUGACUUUGAUCUUGUCCUGCAACAUACUUAGGAGGACGGAAAGCCAUAAUGGUUGGGAAUCCUUGGAUUUGAUAAUGGGAACACAAUGGCUUAUUGUAAUCUUGAUCACAAUUCACGGCUGCGACAUUGAUGGCAUAUUUCGCAUCCUCAUGAAUUAGCUUACCUAAUUUCUUAUAGGUUGGUUUCAAGUUUUGACAAUGGCCACACCAUGGAGCAUAGAACUUAACAAUGGUGGUAUAAUUUGUCUUAUGGACGACUCUGUUGAAUGUGUCUGGAGUUAAUUCAAAAAUAUUAUUGUCAUACUGAUAUUCAUCCGCUGAUGCGAGGAUUAAGGAGAGGAAUGGGAGUAAUGCAAGAAGUUUCACAAGCAUUGUUAUGGAUAAUAUGAAUGAU